AUGGCCACGUUCACGCAGCUCACGGACGCCACGGUGGGCGUGUCGUGCCACGCCUGGAGCCCCGACGGGUCGCAGGUCGCCUUCGCGCCGAACUCGAACGAGCUCAAGAUCGUCGACGCCAAAUCGAACGCGAGCAAGUUCAGCCUCAACGAGCACGACAUGGUCAUCGCCGCCAUCGACUGGCACCCGACGUCGAACUUCAUCGUCACCUGCUCCCACGACCGCAACGCGUUCGUCUGGAACUACGACGAAGCGGAAAACGCGUGGAAGCCGUCGCUCGUCAUCCUCCGCAUCGAGCGCGCGGCCUUGGAUGUGAAGUGGAGCCCCGACGGCCAGAAGUUCGCCGUGGCGUCGUCCGCCAAGUGCGUGCCCGUCUGCUACUACGAGCAGGACAACAACUGGUGGGUCUCGAAGAUGAUCAAGAAGCACAAGUCGACGGUCUUAGCGGUCGCGUGGCACCCGAACUCGCAGAUCGUCGCCACGGGCUCCUCGGACUUCAAGGCGCGCGUCUUCAGCGCCCACGUGGCCAUCGUCGACGCGGAGCAGACGGCCGGCGACUUCGCGGCGCCCGUCGGCUUCGGCGAGGUCUACGCGGAGUUCCCCUGCGCGGGCUGGGUCCACGCCGUCGCCUACUCGCCGUCGGGCUGCGUGCUCGCCUUCGCGGGCCACGACGCGUCCGUCCACUUUGCGCAGUUCAACACGGGCGGCGCGCCCGUCGUGCAGACGAUCCGCUUCCCGUUCCUCCCGCUCUGCCAGCUCUUGUUCUUGGACGAGUACAAGCUCGUGGGCGCGGGCCACGACAUGAACCCGGCCGUCUUCGCCAACGCGGGCGCCUGGGCCUUCGAUGCGUUCGUGGACAAGAAGGGCGACGAGAAGAAGGCCGCGGCGAGCUCGAGCUCCGUCGCGUCGAAGAUGGCCAUGUGGCAGAACAAGGACAAGACGGGCUCCGCCGCGGGCGCGGGAGCCAAGGAGGAGACGGCCUGGCUCAAGCACCAGGGGCCCAUCACCUGCCUCAAGCACAUGGGCGGGAACAAGUUCUCCACGACCGCGUGCGACGGCCGCCUCGUGCUCUGGUCCGCCUAG